UGAGAAAUGUCAUCUGACAUCUCAAAAUUUCAAGGUAUCUGUGACGGACAGACGACCGAUUGUUUUUUUUUUGCACAUUUCGCAUCAUUACAUUUAUCAAAUUUAUAUUUGAUUUUCCAGUGUAUUUUAAAAUACAAUUUGUAUAUAACAGAAAAGUUUUGUAAAGUGUAUCAGAUGUAUCUGUAAACAUGUUGUCAAGGUUUCAUCAUUAUCACGGUUCAAAUAUAAUUUUAUUCGAGGACAAUACCGUUGCUUAUAGGAAAGCAAGUUUCGCACACGGACUUACGUUUAGUGAAAAACCGUUAUUGCCUGGCGAAAUAUUUUUAGUGGAAAUUGAGAAAACUGAGCGGGGAUGGAGCGGUCACAUGAGACUGGGGUUAACUCUACUGCAUCCCCAAACAGCGGCAUUGGGUGACAAAGGCCUUCCGCAGUAUGCCCUACCAGACCUCGCAAACACCGGUUUGUCGUGGAUAUUCCCUAUUUCGAAGUCGCAAAACAAUGUCCUAGUUGAGCUAGUGAAUCAAGUUGCGAGCGGAAGGCGAGAAAGCGAGCCUCGCGUGUCCGUAUUAGGCGACGGGCAUGUAGUAAAAACGCCGCGCGGCUACAUAUCUAAAAUGGUGCUGAGACCGCAAACUGUGUCGCAGAACGGUGCGCCGCAAGGGAUAUUGCCAAUGGACGCUGGCAGUCGAAUAGGCGUCAUGUUUGUUCCAUGUCCAAAAACCAACAAAAAUGACCAAGACUUAGCAGAGAUGCACUUCAUUAUAAACGGCGAGGACCAGGGCCCUUGCACGAAAUCUAUUCCCUACACAAGAGGCCCAUUACAUGCUGUUGUUGAUGUGUACGGCACAACAAAACAAGUGAAGAUUGUUCAACUUUAUGGUGUGAAGACUCUUCAAAGUGUGUGUCGGGAUGCGAUAUUGCAAUAUGUGAACAAUGGUUCAGUGAAAUCACUACCUUUGCCAAAGAGUUUAAAAGAUUUCUUGCUUUCAUAAGAACAUUCUGGAAGCAUUGGGUAAUGACAAUAAUACCGCGUGCACAGUGUGCAGGACGCCUGAUGAAACUUGUGACGGUGGUGUUAUACAAUGGUGAUGUUUCUGUACUCAAACAGAUCUGAAGAUAAGUUAUAAUUGCAAUAAUAUUUGUUUUGUACUGUGUAAUAAUUCAUCUUCUACUAUCAGGAUAUUGGUUAUCCAAAAUGUGUUGGCACUAUUUGAUAGUCUAAAUAUAUACCCUAUUCACCAGAAAUUACAAUGCCUUCAGCGGAUAUUAGGUUGUACUACAAUAAGUAGAGAAAAUUCAACAAAUACUGCCCUUUCACAUUAAAUAUACACCAUUAAUUGAAGUCUAAAGUGAUUUGAGAAUACAAAGAAGUAAGUGAAUUGUCCACUGAGUUUUUAUAGUGACGGUUUUUAAGACAAUGUUGUGGCAAAACACUUGUGUGGUGCUUGUAAAAUAUGAACAUGAUUGGAAUCUUUUUGUGUGAUUUAGUAUUAAGAAAAUUCCUAAAGAUCUAUCUGGUCCCAAAUUCUAAUAUUUCAGUGUAGUUGCAGAGCUUAUUUCUACUGAGUUUUAAAGAUUUUUAUUCUGUUUAGUUGGGAAGAUGUUAAGACACUUUAUUUAGAAUUUUGUAAUUUCAUAGUUUGUUACUUGAUAGUCAAAGUAAGGCACAUGACAAUCUUAAUAUGAUAUUGUAUCAUUAGUUAUUUUUCAGUUGGAAAAUAGUCUAAUAAAAUGAUAUGUACUAUAAUUUUGUAAAUAAAAUAUAAAUAUUAAAUACUUCAAUUUUACAAUAUGUAUUGUAUAAUAAAUAAAUUGUGAUACUGUUCAUUUGUCAUUCCAUAAAUUAUUGGUUUACAAUUUAUUUUACAUUAUAAAAGUUACUAUGAUUCCUCAUAAAAUUCCAGUGGCCAAUUAGGUAGAAAAAAUCAGACCAAUCAGGAGACAGGUGUUCAAAUACCGCAAUACUCUAUUUAAUGAAUUGCACAUAGAUUAAAAAAUAUGCUUGAAUGCUUUUGAGAUAAGAAAAUAGGCUAUUGAAACAACCAACAUGUGUAGAAUUCCUGUUAUCUGGAUGUGCUCUUUAAUUUUCCUUUAAAUUGUUCAAAAACAUGUUUAUUUUUAAAGAGUGACAAUAUGUAUAUGUUUAUGCUUUAUCUGCAGGUAAUUUAAAAAGAAAACAGUCAUUUACAGUGCUUAAGGUUGAUUUUUAAAUUGUCAAAUAUAAGUUUUCACAUAAAUUAUAACCUGACUGAAUAUAGUGAGACUAUUGAACAACUGCAUACAUACUUACUAUCUGUCAAUUCUAACUUGUUUGUGUUAUUCUACAAAAGACUUUUAUUUGAUGAUUUAAAAAUCAGCUUACAUUUAAUUUGAUUUAUUAGAUCAAUUUAAUCAUAAGAAUGAGUCCAUUCUUUGUUAUUGUUAUCCUCUUGGUACUAUGUUAAUAAUAUUAUUGUUAAAAAAAUAUGGCAGCUAUUGAAUUAAAGUAAAUUUUAAUGUGUUGAUUGGCAUUGUAAAUGACGUGUUUUACAUCUUAGCAAGAUACAGUAUCCAUUUUUUGUUUAAUAAAAUGAUUUCGCCUGUCA